GGAUGGAAUAUAUAUAUACGCCUCUUAAAAAAGAAGAAAUCGAGAAAUAUGGUGAUGAUUCCUGGAAGUUCCUCAUUAAACAGAUAUUAAUUUGUAUUUCACCAUGGACUUUAUUCUUCGUCGCUGGACUAUGUUUUGGAACGCCCACUGUUAUGAUACCACAGCUAAGGGCAGAAGCAAACUCAACUAAUGCUGUUAGUGAAGAAAUGGUAUCUUGGCUGUCUUCCGCCUACGGUUACAGUGCUUUACCGUGGGACGUCAUGUUACCAGUGCUCUCAGAAAUUUAUGGACGGAAAAUACCAUUUAUGAUAUCUAGUGUGGUUGCAGUCAUUGGUUUUGUGAUAUGGUAUUUUAGUACAAAUGUUGUCUCAAUAUUAAUUGCUGAAAUUACUGUAGGGGUUCUCGUUAGUGUUAAUUUUACACAGUCGAUGUUAAUUAUAUCUGAGUAUUCCUCUCCGAAAUAUAGAGGUGUAUUUCUGACUAUAAAAUCAGCAACGUUCUAUUGGGGUUUCUUUGUAGCCAAUAUAAUAGGUACUUUUUCUCAUUGGAGAAAUAUCGUGAUCGUGGCACUUGUUUGCUUAUCUUACAGCUUUUCUUCAUUUUUGUGGCCCAAUUCUCCUUACUGGUUAGCUUCUCGAGGCCGCUUUGAAGAAUGUACUGCAGCACAUAGAAUGUUGAAAGGAACUAGUGACGAAGCAGAAAAGGAAUUAAAAGAAAUUAUAAUGUCACAAAAAAUCUACUUAAGAAACUGCACAGCUCGAUCAAACAGACGUGAUUGUACACGAAUAAUGAGCUCAAUUCGAUUAUUUUCUGAUAAACCUGUCUAUAAGCCGAUAUUAUUAUCAUUAAUUUUAUUGUCAAUGUUCGUAUUAUCAGGAAAACUAGUGUGCCAUGUAUAUGCCGUACAGAUUUUAAAGAAAAUUACAGGUAAUAAUUCGAAUGCAUAUCGGGGAAUGUUAAUAUUAGAUGGUGUUAGUAUAAUUGGCAUGUACAUUGGAUGUUACUUCUCAAAAAUUUUAAGAAGGCGGGUUAUGUUAUUUACAGCCACAUCAUGUUCAGCUUCCUUUUUAUUAAUUUUGUCUUUAUAUUUAUACUUGAUCAAAUUGAAUUACAUAGUUGAUAGUAGUAUUCUAUGCAUAGUAUUGCUUACAAUAUUUUAUAUUUCAGUCAGUUGUGGCCCAAUGAUUCUGUCCACGUCAAUAUUUGCAGAAUUAAUACCUUUGCGUUGUAAAGCUCUAGCGGUAAUAAUUGUAGUUUUUGCUCAUAAUAUAUUAUCAUCUACAGUUUUAAAACUAUCUCCAUUUCUUUUCAAAACAGCUGGGAUGCAUGGAGCUUUUAUUUUUUAUGGAGUGAGCGUUUUUAUUUGUUUAAUUAUUUUAUACAUAUUUUUGCCGGAAACAAAAGAUAAAACUCUUAUGGAAAUCGAGGAUUAUUUUAAUAAAUGAAGUGGUGUGAGUGGCUUUGUCUUGUUUUUAAAUACCUUAUACUUUGUGAUUUGUAAACCCGAUAUUCGUUAUAACCAAAAUACAUUACCAAAGUUCAGUUCAGGCACACGUUUCACAAAUUUCCCUUAUUCCUGGUAUUAACACAGCAAUCUCCAUGAUGGAAUUGAGGUUAAAAUAGUGACGUAGGUUACAAGAGGAAUCCGAAGUUUAUAAGUCUAUCCCUUAGUCGCCUUUUGAAGAAAUCCAUGUGAACUAUAUGAAAUGAAUAUAUUCUAAAGUGCCGCAAAGAACACGGCACAUUAUUUCAUUGGGAAAAAGUAAUAUCCUAUGUUCUAUGUACAAUGUAUCUUUGUUGUAUAGAUUGAAUCUUCGUACUGACCGACCAGUCAAUGAAGAUUUGAAGAGUGUCUUGCUUCCUACCGGUUACUAAAGAGAAAUAAUAAGAAGCUGAAAAUUAAUUGAAAAAAUCAUUUAGUGAAUUUUAGUGGGAAUUUAAACACAAAGCUAUUUUCUACAGAAAGACUAAUCGGCUUUGUUAAGUUUUUUCCAUAAAAAGUCGUUUACAAUCAGAUAUUGUUGGCUGUGAC